CGUUCGGCCCCUUUCGCGCGGCGGGGCCAGUCGGAGCUUUUCUCUCGGCAGCUUGGUCGGCCGCCCGUCUUCUCCGCGCAGCGGGCGAAGUCUCGAUGGGCUCAUUAAGGCGGCAGGUAGGCAGUGCCCCGGCGGCGGCGGCAGGCGGUCCUGGAAUGUGCGAGGGGCGUGAUGACAGCGGCCGCAGGCCUCUUUGCGCAACACCUUCGCCAUAUAUACCCGGGGCGCUGCGCUCCACCUGGCCGCCGCCUCCAGCCCAGCACCUGCGGAGGGAGCGCUGACCAUGGCUCCCUGGCCUGAAUUGGGAGAUGCCCAGCCCAACCCCAGUAAGUACCUCGAAGGGGCUACAAGUCAGCAACCCAUCACCCCUGAUAAAAGCAAAGAGACCAACAAAAAUAACACUGAGGUACCUGUAACCAAGUUUGAACUUCUGCCGACCUACUCCACGGCUACACUGAUAGAGGAGCCCACUGAGGUGGACGACCCCUGGAACCUACCCACGCUUCAGGACUCGGGGAUCAAGUGGUCAGAGAGAGACGCCAAAGGGAAGAUUCUCUGUGUCUUCCAAGGGAUUGGGAGAUUGAUUUUACUUCUUGGAUUUCUCUACUUUUUUGUGUGCUCCCUGGAUGUUCUUAGUAGCGCCUUCCAGCUGGUUGGAGGAAAAAUGGCAGGACAGUUCUUCAGCAACAGCUCUAUUAUGUCCAACCCUUUGUUGGGGCUGGUGAUCGGGGUGCUGGUGACCGUCUUCGUGCAGAGCUCCAGCACCUCAACGUCCAUCGUUGUCAGCAUGGUGGCCUCUUCAUUGCUCACUGUUCGGGCUGCCAUCCCCAUUAUCAUGGGGGCCAACAUUGGAACGUCAAUCACCAAUACUAUUGUUGCGCUCAUGCAGGUGGGAGACCGAAGUGAAUUCAGAAGAGCUUUUGCAGGAGCCACUGUCCAUGACUUCUUCAACUGGCUCUCCGUGUUGGUGCUGUUGCCUGUGGAGGUGGCCACCCAUUACCUUGAGGUCGUAACCCAGCUUAUAGUGGAGAGCUUCCACUUCAAGAAUGGAGAAGAUGCACCCGAUCUUCUGAAAGUCAUCACUAAGCCCUUCACAAAGCUCAUUGUCCAGUUGGAUAAAAAAGUUAUCAGCCAAAUUGCAAUGAACGAUGAAACCGCGAAAAACAAGAGUCUUGUCAAGAUUUGGUGCAAAACUUUUACCAACAUGACCCAGAUGAAUGUCACUGUUCCCUCAAUGGCUAACUGCACCUCCCCUUCCCUCUGUUGGACGGAUGGCAUCCAAAUCUGGACCAUGAAGAACGUGACCUACAAGGAGAACAUCGCCAAAUGCCAGCAUAUCUUCGUGAAUUUCCACCUCCCAGAUCUUGCUGUGGGUAUCAUCUUGCUCAUAAUCUCCCUGCUGGUCCUCUGUGGUUGCCUGAUCAUGAUUGUCAAGAUCCUGGGCUCUGUGCUCAAGGGGCAGGUCGCCACUGUCAUCAAGAAGACCAUCAACACUGAUUUCCCCUUUCCAUUUGCGUGGUUGACUGGCUACCUGGCCAUCCUCGUCGGGGCAGGCAUGACCUUCAUCGUGCAGAGCAGCUCUGUGUUCACGUCGGCCUUGACUCCCCUGAUUGGAAUUGGAGUGAUAACCAUUGAGAGGGCUUAUCCACUCACGCUGGGCUCCAACAUCGGCACCACCACCACCGCCAUCCUGGCCGCCUUAGCCAGCCCUGGCAAUACAUUGAGGAGUUCACUCCAGAUCGCCCUGUGCCACUUUUUCUUCAACAUCUCCGGCAUCUUACUGUGGUACCCGAUCCCGUUCACUCGUCUGCCCAUCCGCAUGGCCAAGGGGCUGGGCAACAUCUCUGCCAAGUAUCGCUGGUUCGCCAUCUUCUACCUGAUCAUCUUCUUCUUCCUGAUCCCGCUGACGGUGUUUGGCCUCUCGUUGGCCGGCUGGCCGGUGCUGGUGGGCGUCGGGGUUCCCGUCGUCUUCAUCAUCAUCCUGGUACUGUGCCUCCGACUCCUGCAGUCCCGCUGUCCACGCGUCCUGCCCAAGAAACUCCAGAACUGGAACUUCCUGCCACUGUGCAUGCACUCGCUAAAGCCCUGGGACGCCGUCAUCUCCAAGUUCACCGGCCCUUUCCAGAUGCCCUGCUGCUGCUGCUGCCGCGUGUGCUGCCGCGUGUGCUGCUUGCUGUGUGGCUGCCCCAAGUGCUGCCGCUGCAGCAAGUGCUGCCAGGACUUGGAGGAGGGGCAGGAGGCGCAGGGUGUCCCUGUCAAGGCCCCUGAGACCUUUGAUAACAUAACCAUUAGCAGAGAGGCUCAGGGUGAGGUCCGUGCCCCAGACUCAAAGACCGAAUGCACAGCCUUGUAGGGGGAGGCCCGGAUCGUCAGAGGUGGGGGGAUGGGCCUUGAGUUUUGCAUGCUCUCCUCUCUCCCACUUCUGCACCCUGCACCCUUUCACCACCUCGAGGAGAUUUGUUCCCCAUUAGCGAAUGAAAUUGGUGCAGUCCUACCUAACUCGAUUCCCUUUGGCUUGGUGGUUAGGCCUGCAGGGCACUUUUGUUCCCGCCCCUGGUCACUCAGUAGUCUUUUACUCCAGGAAGGCACAGGAUGGUACCUAAAGAGAAUUAGAGAAUGCACCUGGCUGGACGGGGGUCUAAUCCUGCACCUGGCUGGGUUGGUCAGUAGAACCUGUUUUCAGACUCAAAAACCAUCUUCAGAAAGAAAAGGCCCAGGGAAGGAAUGUAUGAGAGGCUCUCUAAGAUAAGGAAGUGUAUUCUCCGUGACUAUGAAGCUCAGGCCUCUCCCUUUUUUUUAAACCAAAGUCUGGCAACCAAGAGCAGCAGCUCCAUGACCUCCUUGCCCCAGAUCAGCCCGGGUCAGGGGACAUAGUGUCAUUGUUUGGAAACUGCAGACUACAGGUGUGGGUCUAUCCCACUUCCUACUACUCCCCACAUUCCCCGUCAGGGUUUCCUCACGUGGGCAGGUGUGCUAGUCCAAGCAGUUCACUUGAGUGUCCUUGUCCUCAUGCUUCAGGAAUGGGAGCCACACCUGAACUACAGAGAGUUCAGGCUGGAUACACGUGCUCACCUGCUGCUCUUGUCUUCCUAAGAGACAGAGAGAGUGGGGCAGAUGGAGGAGAAGAAAGUGGGGAAUGGGUAGCAUAGCAUUCAGGGGAUAUGGUUUAUCUGCCAAAAGGGCCUCAGGUUCUUAAUUUAGCAAACUAAGAAGCCAAAUUAAAAAGCAUUGUGGCUAAAGCCUAAUGCUCCUCUCUUGGUCAGAUAACAAAAACCUUCCCUGUUGGAUCUUUUGAAAUAAAACGUGCAAGUUCUCCAGGCUCGUAGCCUGCAUGCUGCCACCUUGAAACCCAGGGAGUAUCUGCGCCUGGAAUAGCUCUCUCCCUCUCUCUGCUUCCUCACUUUCUGUGCAAGAUGACUUGCGGGGUUUACUUCCUUCUUUCCAUGCACCCACCCACUGGAAUCUCUUUCCAAACAUUUUUCCAUUUUCCCGUAGAUGGGCUUUGAUUAGUUGUCCUCUUUCCAUGCCUGUAAAACUCCAGAUUUUUGGGGAAAGCUGUACCCAACUGGACUGCCCAGUGAACUGGGAUCACUGAGUACAGUCUAGCACAGGUAUGUCCCCGGGUCAAAGGGGUGUGCUCCUUCUCAUCCUAGAUGCCUUCUCUGUGCCUUCCACAGCCUCCUGCCUUAUUACACGACUGCCCCCGCCCCACCCUCAGCCAUUCCAAUUCUUCCCGGCCAGUGAGCUCCAGCCUUAUCUAGGAAAGGAGGAGUGGGUGUAGCUGUGUGGCAAGACUGGGGCCUCCCCCAUCCCAGCUUCUCCACCACCCCAGCAGGUCAGGAUAUCAGACAGUCCUCCCCUGACCCCCCCCUUGUAGAUACCAAUUCCCAACCAGAGCCGAAUACUCGAUAUUUAUAGUCACACCCCUGUACAGCAUUUUUCAUAAGUUAUAUGGUAAACGGUCUGGAUGAUUUGUGCUCCUAGUGCUCUCAUUUGGAAAUGAGGCAGGGUUCUUCUAUGAAAUGUAAAGAAAGAAACCACUUUGUAUAUUUUGUAAUACCACCUCUGUGGCCAUGCCCGCCCCACCCACUCUGUAUAUACGUAAGUUAAACCCGGGCGGGGGCUGUGGCCAUCUUUGUACUCCGGUGAUUUUUAAAAAUUGAAUCUUUGUACUUGCAUUGAUUGUAUAAUAAUUUUGAGACCGGGUCUCACUGUAUUGCUCAGGCUGGUCUCAAACUCCUGAGCUCAAGCAAUCCGCCCUCCUCAGCCUUCCAAAGUGCUGAGAUGACAGGCGUGAGCCACCACACCAGGCCUGAUUGUAAUUUUUUUUUUUUUUACUGGUUGUGGGAAGGGAUAAAUAAAAUAAUCAAACCCAAAA